AUAACGGACUUAAGUGAAAAACUAAAUGACUUCUACUGUGAUCAUUAGAUGAUCUUCAUAGUACAAUAUUUUCACAGAGGUGUAUUUUAUGUAAUUUAAUUGUUUUUCUUUUAGAAAAGGGACGCAACAUGACUACCUCAUUUUUUCAAGAAGAGCUAAUACCACCAGAUACAAAUAUAUCCUUUCUACCAAGACUGAACUUUAGUUUUGAUGAUGCUGUUAAAGAAGUUGAACGUCACCUCUCAAACGAUAGAAUGUUUAGUCGAGUCACUGAAGUUAUUCUAAUCAUCAUCUAUACUAUAAUCAUCCUUACUGGUAUAUUUUGCAAUGUCGUUAUUGCAGGAAUAAUUAUUAGAAAAACCACCUUUGGCAGAACAAAGUACCCCUUUGUAAUUAAUUUAAAUGUUUCUGAUUUAAUUCUUUGUUUGUUUUGUAUACCAUUUACACUAAUAGCAUUGUUAAGAAGAAAUUGGAUUUUAGGGGAAAAUAUGUGCAAACUUAUCCCUUUCGUACAAGGUGUAACUGUUUUUCUGUCCUCUGCAACUGUAAGCGUGAUUGCUGUUGAUAGACUUAAAAAAGUUUUGAAUGCAUUUCCAUCAGGAAGGAAAAGACAGAGUAAAGAAAUUAUUAUCUCAAUUAUUUCAGUUUGGAUUGUAUCAUUGAUUUUUUCUUGCCCUGUUCUUUACGCACAAACUGUAGAAACUGUUGGAUUGCCAGGCAUUUACAAGUAUGAAAAAUGUAUAGAAAAAUGGCCCUGGAAUAAUGCCAAAGGUAUUUACACAGUUAUAAUAUUAUUGGUCCAAUUUCUCAUUCCAGCUAUUGUUUUAUUUACAGCACAUUUGAAAAUUGAAUCCCAUCUGAACUAUGUCAUGAAUCGAUGCAAUAAAAACACAGCACCAAAGUUUGGGGAAGAUAGAGUCAGAAAGGAAUUACUGAGAAAUCGGAGAGCAACAAUCGUUUUGGUAACUAUAACUUCGGUGUUUGGACUCACUUGGCUUCCUUGGAACAUUUUUAGCCUGAUCGCAGAUUUCUAUCCUAAAUCUAUGUCAGCUAAUAAUUUGUACAUGUCAUUUGUAGUAUGCCACAUGAUAGCUAUGACUUCAGCUACGAGUAAUCCAAUUUUGUAUGGAUGGUUGAAUUCGAACAUUCGAAAAGAAAUCGUGGCUGUUAAAGAUGCCAUUGCAGCUGCACUUUCUGGUCGAAAAUGGAGGAAUCAAACCGAGACAGAAGAAAGAAUGUGUGAUACAAAAUUAUAAGCAUUAUGCUUUUCCUGUAGGGGGAACUACGCAGAAAAAUUAAAUGAAUAUUGCAGCGAUUUAACAAAAUACGUUUUUUUAUCUUAUUGUACAGAUUUUAAUCUUCGUUUUCUCAUGUUAUAAAUACGAAAAAAAGGGAGAAAAAAAAUAGCGCUUAUGUAAUACAAUGUUUAUUAUUUAUUUUUUAAACUAUCCAUAACUUGCUGUACUUCAUGAGUAGAAAAAAAAAUCAUCGAAAUUUGA